AUGGGCCCGGGACACGAUGGACACAAUCAGCAACCCCGGCGCGCGCCAGACCCGCAGCGACUUGCCGAGAUCCACCGUCAGGGGCCCAUCGCUCGGGCUCCAGAUGGCGUAACCGGGGUGUACCGAAGAAAAUACAACAGGGGGAAGUACAAUGACAGUCCCUUCGCUGAUGAGAUCGUGGAAGCCCCAUACCCGGAAAAUCUAAAUUUAUCCGAGUUGAUUAAGUAUGGCGGAACACAGGAUCCGCAGGUACACUUGGAUGCCUUUGAUACAACUAUGUACAUCAAAGGGAUAGAGGAACCCUUAAUCACAAGGCUUUUUGCAACUACAUUAACUGGUGCGGCCCAGGCGUGGUUUUCGUCAUUACCGGCGGGAUCUAUCAAAUCCUUUGAGGAGUUUGGUGGGCGCUUCUUACUAAAUUUCGCCACCAGUAAGAAGCAGCCGAAGUCAGAAUUCGCAUUGGGAAAAAUUAAGCAGCAGCCAAGGGAGACAUUACAGAAGUACUUGGAUCGGUUCAAGUUAGUCGCGCUCCAAGUACCCGGGUUGCCAGAAAACGUUCAUUUACACCUGGUGAUAGCCGGGCUACACGGAACAUCCCGGUUAGCUAAAUCAAUAUAUAAGGAUCCGCCUCGGACCUUAGUUGAGUUCAAUACACGUUCCAAAAAAUACCUGGAGCUCGAGCAGAUGGAAUGGGAAAAUAUGGACCAAAGGCAACAGCCUGGUCAGGGAGAAAAGCUCGGGGGCCGACGGAUAAAUGACCUUCGAGGAAAACGGCAGGACGAUAGGCAGCAAGCCAAGGGAAGGUUUGAUAAAUAUGCCCUCUUGAAUUCUCCUCGGUCGCAAAUAUGGCGCGAAGUCGCGUUCACCGAUAUGAAGAAAGUCGAGCGACCUCGGCCAUUACAAAACCAGGCUGGUUUGGAUCGAACCCGGUACUGCGCAUUUCACGACGGUCCGGGUCAUACAACAGAUGAAUGUUGGGAUCUUAGAGAUGCAAUUGAGAAAUACAUUAGAGAGGGGAAGUUGCGGCAGUAUUUGAUCCGUACGCAGGGAUGGAGGAAUAGGAAGAGAAGACGAGGGCGGCUAGGAAGCCCGCCCAAGGAAAGGAAGUUUAAAGAAGAGGGACGAGGUAAGAAGCCGAUUAAAGAAGACGACGAGUUCCAAGAGCCGGAGUUCGAGUGCAACGUGAUCAGUGGAGCUUUUGGCGGUGGUGGCGACACCAUGAACGCACGACGUAAAUAUUUGCGUGAGGUGCUUUCAAUUCGAGAGCGCCCUAAGUUCAAACAGGAAAAGGAACCAGAACAGCCGCUGCUAUACUUCACGAAGAAGGAACUCAAGGAUGUAGUGCCAGGGCAUGUUGAUGGGUUGGUGAUUACAGGAACAUUGGUAAAUUGCAGAGUUAGGAAGAUUUUCCUGGACAAUGGAAGUUGUGCCGAUAUAAUUCUGUGGCACGCAUUUAAGAAGAUGAAUUUAGAUGAAGAAGAUUUGAAGGCUUGCAACACACCUUUAAUUACGUUUAAUGGCCAUAACACUACUCCCAAGGGGUAUAUUGAUCUUCGAUUAACAUUGGGGACUAAGGAGGCAUACAAGUCCGAGAGGGUGAGGUUCAUUGUAGCCGACUUUCCAUCCGAAUACAACGUGAUUUUAGGAAGACCUAUAAUUCAUGCCUGGGACAUGCUAGUCUCAACCAAGCAUCAAAAGUUGAAAAUGAUUGGUAAGCAGGGGACGGUACUUACCAUAGCUGGGGACCAAAAGGAGUCUCGGGAUUGUUAUUUCAGAUCUGUACGGAUGGUGGACCAAGAUCCCAAAGACGUAGCUACGGCUAAACAAGGUGGUUACCAACCUUCGAAGCGGAGCUCGGUUAAUAUGGUGGAAUUGGAUAUGAGAGAUGAAACACAGAUGCCAAGGCCGGAACCUGAAGGCGAGUUAGAGGAGGUAACCGUGGGAGCGCCAGGACAAACAACGAAGAUAGGAAUUGGGUUCAUUCACAGCAGCUGA